UUGACCAAGCCCUUCUUCCCUACUAACUAUAUACCUAUAUAAAUGAUCAAUUCAUUGUGAUAUGUCAAAUUUGUUUAUCAUUCAUACAAUACAUAAUAAUAAUACUUGGAAAUUUUACAAAGUAAUCGUUACAUAAUACAUUUUUAAACAGCAAUAAUCAUAAAUUUUCAAAAGAUAAACCAAUAAAUAAGGAUAAUGUCGGGCACUCUGAAGCCUUAUCUUACGGCAGUAAGACGUACACUUACAGCAGCUAUGUGUAUGGAGAAUUUUCAAUCGCAAGUCGUUGAAAAACAUAAUAAACCUGAAAUUGAAGUCAGAAUAAGUAAAGAGUUAUUACUCACUCCUGUUGUCAUAAGUAGAAAUGAUAAAGAAAAAGUGUUGAUUGAGUCAAGCAUCAAUAGUAUGAGAAUAAGUAUUGCUGUCAAGCAAGUAGACGAUUUGGAGAAAAUUCUUUGCCACAAAUUUACAAGAUUUAUGAUGAUGCGAGCUGAAAAUUUUAUGAUUUUGAGACGAGUACCAAUCAAGGGAUAUGAUAUCAGUUUUCUCAUCACAAACAUUCAUGUGGAACAAAUGUAUAAACACAAAAUAGUCGAUUUCGUUAUUCACUUUAUGGAGGAAAUUGAUAGGGAAAUCAGUGAAAUGAAAUUAUCAAUGAAUGCAAGAGCUCGCAUUUGUGCUGAAGAGUUUUUAAAAAGGUUUUAGACUAUCAAGUGGUUGUAUCGUCGAAGGGAGAGCUGCAGAAGAAGAAAAUCCCAUCUAAUAAUUCCAAGAAAAUUCUGCAGUAAUUUUCACACUUGAAGAAUUAUUGUUGUUUUUCAUUUUUCGUUUUGAUGAAUUUCAUACUUUAGCAAUUAAAUCUCGAGAAAUAUUCAGUGAAAUAAAUUUCUGCAUUUAUCGCUCUAUAAUAAGAAUAACUGGUGAAUCAAUCAACAGUGGUUUGCAUUUGUAACAGAGUUGACGCGAUUCAAGGAAAAAUGUAAGAAUGUAUUACAUAAAUUGUAGGUUGAGGGAGUCUAUUGAGAAUAAAGAAUAGUAUUAAGAAUCAGAUAA